AUGGCAACACAUAGUUUUACURACGACCUAAAAGCUCAGCUAGCUUGUGCUUUUUGUAAAGAGAUCUUUACUGAUCCGAGGAAACUACCAUGUGCGCAUGCUUUCUGUUUCAAAUGCAUYAAAARMUGGAACGACAGUUGCCACAAAGAAAACAAGCCACUAGUAUGCCCAACUUGUAGAAUCGCUAUUGAUGUCGAAGGAGGCGACAUCUCGAAGCUUCCUUCUUCAUUUACGUACACAUCGCUCAUUCAGCUCUUCGAAGCCAUGAGUAUAAAUCCUGAAAAGCAGAGCCAACAGCAGCUUCCAGAGUGUGUGAAAUGUUCAAGACGUAGAGAGUUGAUCGUGACAGGAGAUUCAGAAGAAAAUUCAAAACAAAUUCAAGAUUGUUGCGGAGACGAUGUGCUGAAAGAACUUACUGAAAACAAAGCUGGUGGCUUCCAAAUAAAGUGUAGAGGAGAGAAAGACGASGUUAUUGCAGGGAAAGAGAUCAAGAACUCCCCACAGAACGUUGAUGAAACUAUCGUACAGUUUAAACAAUUGAGAUUGAUUGACACCAAAGAUAUGCGUGAUAGGACAUUUCCACCUGUUUCACUUGCUGUAAAUGACAGAGGCGACAUAGCUGUGCUUGUUGGUCGAGAGAGCCGAUACGGAAAGGUUGUAGAGUUCAAUGCACAUGGAGAUUAUUUGCGAGAGUUCGGACCAAGAGACGGUCAACUUACCAAUCCACAAGGUAUUGUCUACAAUGAAAACAAAAUAGUCAUUACUGACAAUGGUCCAAUUGAUUACACUUAUAGUGGCAGAAUACAGRAAUUUGGACAGAGAACUCUCUUUAAGCUGCCCUUUGGAAUGACGUUUCAAGGAAUGUGUAUAGUGAAUCAAGGCAUUGCGUGUUUGAGUCAUGAUUCCGUAGCCAUGACGUCAUAUAUUAACAUAUUUGAUAAACGCAGUGGCRCUCAUCUUCACGAAAUCAAGCUAGAUACUCCUAAUGAUGUUCAAGGGUGGCCCUUCUUUUUAACYUAUGACAACAAUAAGUACUUUGUCUCGUUUCAAUUUACCCAAAGCAUUUACGUUUUUGACAAGAAUGGAUGCCUAUUGUGCAAAUUUGGAGAAAAAGGCUCCAAUGAUGGUCAAUUUCGUGGCUCCGUGUGCGGUCUUGCAGCGUUUGGUAAAGAAAUGGUUCUUGCUUGUGAUCCACUUAACCACCGCGUACAAGUCUUCAGACAAGACGGGCAGUUCAUAACGUCCUUUAGCGGUUCAGGUCUUAAUCRCAUGGCCUAUCCCUUUGAUGUUGUUGUUACUCAAUAUGGUCAAAUAUUKGUGCUUGAAGAAAAAGGUUAUAGUAGAGUGCAGGUGUGGCAAUGGAAAGAGAUCUGA